UGAUUUCAGAACAGCGCUUGAGGCCACGUACACCGCCAACCUCGCGGUAUUAACGCUACCCAGAAUGCCUUGCUCUUCCUUUCUGCCUGAACCGACAUGCCUAAGGGAAAAAAGGCUAAGGGGAAGAAGGUGGCACCUGCCCCUUCUGUGGCCAAGAAGCAUGAGGCCAAGAAAGUUGUUAACCCCCUGUUUGAGAAGAGGCCAAAGAACUUUGGCAUCGGCCAGGAUAUUCAGCCAAAGCGUGAUUUGACACGCUUUGUAAAAUGGCCUCGUUAUAUUCGCCUGCAGAGGCAGCGCUCCAUCCUCUACAAGCGUCUGAAGGUUCCCCCUGCAAGAAAUUUAACUGACCCCUUAAAUUCUACACAGCUGUUCAAGCUGGCUCACAAGUACAGGCCAGAGACCAAGCAGGAGAAGAAGCAGAGGCUGAUGGCUCGUGCUGAGCAGAAGGCUGCUGGAAAGGGAGAUGCCCCUACCAAGAGACCCCCUGUCCUCCGUGCAGGUGUGAAUACUGUCACUUCUCUGGUGGAGAGCAAAAAGGCACAGCUGGUCAUCAUUGCCCAUGAUGUGGAUCCAGUUGAGCUCGUUGUCUUCCUGCCAGCUCUGUGCCGCAAGAUGGGUGUCCCAUACUGUAUCGUAAAGAGCAAGGCUAGACUGGGCAGACUGGUGCACAGGAAGACGUGCACUUCAGUUGCCUUCACACAGGUUAACCCUGAGGAUAAAGGUGCACUUGCCAAGCUUGUUGAAGCUAUCAAGACCAACUACAAUGACAGAUAUGAGGAGAUUCGCCGUCACUGGGGAGGCGGUAUCAUGGGCCCCAGGUCCACAGCCCGCAUCUCGAAGCUGGAGAAAGCCAAGGCCAAGGAGCUGGCAACCAAGCUUGGUUAAAUUGUUUGGAAUAAAAAAAAAAAUGUACAUCCUAA